AUGCGCGGUGACUGGCGGCCGCGAGGGCGGCAGGUGCUCCGCCGGCCACUUUGCAUUUUUAUGCGAUGGACAGAUCGACGCAGCGAUAGCGUCUCAUCGGAUCCGAUAACGCCGCCGUUGUACCCUACGAGGCAAUCUAAGGCGACGCAGCCGCGCCCAGCGGCGGCCUUCUCCUCCGUUCGAUCACUCUCGCUAUCUCGCAUGCGUUUGCUGAACGUGCAAGGUGGCAAUGGCAGCGAAUACGGCGCCGGGGCGGCGGCGCUCAGCUCGGGCUCAGCAUCUUCGGGCGCACAGUCGCCGGCAUCGCCUCCACACGCGCACCUGCCCCUCGCGCCACAUGCGCAUGCCCACGCCCACGCGCACGCCCACGCGCAUGCACACGCCCACGCGCAUGCGCACGCGCCCCACGCUCACACUGCGCACCAGUCGCCGAGGCUCCGCGCCAAGGAGGAGGACUUGUCCGCUCACGGCCGCGCCAGCGCUGACGGCGGCGGUUCCUCCGAGUCGGAGGGCGAGUGCGGCGGGGCGCGGGGGCGGGCCCAGUACGUCAGCGCCAACUGCGUGGUGUUCACGCACUACGCGGGCGACGUGGCCGCCGUGGUGGACGAACACUUUGCGCGGGCACUCGCCGUCGACAAGCCCAAAGGUGAGAAGCUAUCCAACAAACCCACAACAUCAAAAACAAAACUGGAAGCGAGAGACGAGAAAGUCGACCUUCUCGAUGUAACCGCAGGGUCAAGCAGGAAGCCACGCCGCGAG